UUCCAAGCCGGAUUUCUAAAAGGGGGACUGACUGACAAAAAAAAUAGACAACACCGGAAUGAGGAAAUUGACGAAGCAAACCACGUGCAAAACAAAGUUGUUCAUUGCUGAUAACUACAGAGCCUGGUGAACCGCAGGUCAGUCCUCUCAAGUCUUACAGGAGACCACUUGUGUCUUGCCUCUUACAGCAACAGACCGCGCAUAAGGACGGCACCCAUCUUCCACCAGCUCUCGGCAAAUUCCCUGCAUCAAGUGAUGUCUUUUCUACUCCUCACAGUGCUGUCCUCACUUAUAGUGCGCGAUGCUGAGACUUGGAGCGCCAAUGCAAAGUAUGCGGUGAACUGCCCCGACAGAUGCAUCACGGAGCGGUGCAGCGGGACGCAGCGGUGCACAAGGACGGUCCUGGAUGACUGCGGCUGUUGCCAGGUGUGCGCAGCAGGCAGAGGAGAGCACUGCUACCGCACUGUGUCGGGGAUGCAUGGGGUGAAGUGCGGACCUGGGUUAUUCUGCGAGUUCUACAAGGAUGAAGACGAUUAUGGAGACGAAUACGGAAUCUGCAAAGACUGUCCAUACGGAACCUAUGGGGUUGAGUGUCGUAAGACAUGCAACUGUAAAGGGGGCAUCUGUGACAGGGAGACUGGAGCUUGUCUCACCCUUUCAUUCUUUGCCAAAAUCGCCAGCAAGCUUAAGGCUGAACCACAAACAGGAGGUGAUGUGGGAUCUGGAGAAGUGAACUCUGCACAGAGCACAGACCAGCGCACAGGCAGAUCUUCAACUCCAAAGAAGCUCAAUCCUCGCUGACAACUGCUUUAAAAAAAAGCUGUUCAGUGUAAAUGUAGCAUUAACUUAUAAAUUAACUGAAAACUAUAUUUUAUUAUGUUAAAAGAUUUUAAACAAAGAAACAUUUUUAACAGCUGUUAUAAAAUUUAUUUUGUUUGUUUGGUUCUUGUUUAGCACCAUCAUCUUUAUGUUAUUCUGUUUAAAUGUUCUUUGUUCUUAUAUUUCUGGACAGUUUCAGCUUGCUUUAAUGUCUUCAUGUGCCUUCAUAUUGUGCUGAAUGAGAUUAAAUGCAAAAGGACCUUAAAUGCAUCUGGCAUUGACCCCUUUUAAUUCCAAAUAAUGAUCUUUUUGUACUGCACAAGUGAACAGCCAACAAGGACAAUGCAGACAAUAUCAUGUAUGGCACACCAGCCCAUGUAGAGAAUGCUCUUGCAAUAAAGCCAAAAUUUUCACUGA